GACGAAAGCAGAAACCACAAGCACGUACAGCGCGCAUGAGCGGAGUGCGCCUACGUCAUUUUGUAGGGUAAAAGAGCAGUCACCAGUCUAUAGCGACUGAUAAAUAUGUCUUUGUUGCAUCAAACUCUUUAACCCAACUCGCAGCUGCCGACAACGAUCCGGCCACUGUAUUCUCUUUAUCCACUUUCCACACUCACUUCCUUCAUUUCAACGGACCCCUCGUCUUUGAUACACACGCAAUGGGAGUUCCAGCUCUUUUCAGAUGGCUUGCUAACAAGUACCCAAAGAUUACAACCAAUGUUGUCGAAGAGCAGCCAAGGGAGAUUGAUGGUGUCAUCGUACCCAUCGAUAUCACACAACCUAAUCCAAAUAACGAAGAAAACGACUAUUUAUAUCUGGACAUGAACAACAUUAUUCAUCCAUGCUGUAAACCAGAGGGAAAGCCGCCACCAACCAACGAGGAAGAGAUGUUCAUAGCCAUUUUCGCCUACAUUGAGCGCAUUGUGAACAUGGUCAGACCCCGCAAGAUGCUCUACAUGGCUGUUGAUGGAGUCGCUCCUCGUGCCAAGAUGAACCAGCAGCGCUCGAGACGUUUCAGGACCGCACAGGAAGCAAAGGAAAAGGCUGCAAGCGAAGAGGCUGCCUGGGAAGAGUUAACACCCGAAUUGAAAGCCCAGCGCCCGGACCAUGACGCUCAACAAAAGUUCGACUCCAAUUGUAUUACGCCCGGAACGCCCUUUAUGGUCAACUUGGGCAAGAUUCUACGAUUCUGGGUCGCCAAAAAGCUGAAUGAGGAUCCAGGCUGGAUGAAUCUCAAAGUCAUCCUUUCGGACGGCAGUGUACCCGGUGAGGGAGAGCACAAGAUGAUGAACUUUAUCCGAUCUCAACGAGCGGCGGAACAUCACAACCCCAACACCAGCCAUGUCAUCUAUGGAUUGGAUGCUGAUCUGAUCAUGUUGGCACUUGGCACACACGAGCCCUACUUUAAGGUUCUUCGAGAGGAUGUAUUCUUCCAGGAGGGCAGCUCAAAGAAUAAAUGCUUUCUUUGCAACCAGACCGGUCACCAGGCUGCGCAGUGCCAAGGCAAGACCAAGAUCAAGUCUGGCGACUUUGAUGAAAAAGCACCUCCAGCGGCUGUGAAGCCUUACAUCUACCUCAAUGUCAGCAUUCUUCGUGAAUAUCUUGAGGUCGAGCUCAAAGUCGAGAACUUGUCUUUUGAAUGGGACCUUGAGAAGGCGAUUGAUGACUGGGUGUUCUUGUGUUUCUUUGUCGGAAACGAUUUCCUACCUCAUCUUCCGUCACUGGAAACACGAGAGGGUGCCAUUGAUAUCUUGAUCGAGAUUUGGAAGCAGGUUCUUCCAUUGAUGGGCGGGUACAUGACGCGGAACGGCGAUGUCGACUUGAAGCGCGCUCAGCUCUUAAUGACUGAGCUCGGCAAGAAGGAGGACGGAAUCUUCCAAGAACGUCGCGAGAAAGAGGAGCGAAGGAUGAAGAACAACAAGCGCAGAAAGAUUGAGGACCAGGCAAGAGCUAUGUAUUCAUCAAAGGAAGGAGGCGCAGCACUUUCGCAGAACGCUAUCUGGAACAUGCCUGCCGUCGCUGUCAAGGGUCUGAGCAAUAAAGCAGAGGCAGAGAAGGAGGUGGCGGCUUUGAACAAGAAGAUCAUGGAGGAAAAGGUCCGGAUAAGGACCGCUUCGAACCAAGCAGCAGCCGCGCUCUUGAAGGCUGAACUAGCACAACAGGAUACCAUAGAGAGCACGGUCGAGGAUGAGAAGAACCAGGACGCAACAGAGACCUCAACGGAAACUCCUGUAGAGAACGCAUCGACCGAGGAUGCACCGACUGAAACUGCACCCGAGGAUGCAACAAUGCAUGAGGUCAAUCCCUUGAAGCGCACUAUUGGUGAGGUCAUCGACGACGAAAAGAAUGAUGAGGAGUCUGAGCUCGACGAGGAUGACGACACCGAGGCAGCUGCCACACCCACUCCUAUUCCCGCUGCAGUUAUCAAGAAGAAGGUUGUCGACGACGACGAGGAGCCCGAGGACAACGUCAGGCUAUGGGAGCCUGAGUACAAGGAACGUUACUACCGUAACAAGUUCCGCAUUGAACUCUCUGACACUGAGGCCCGGCGAGCUAUUGUGAAGAGCUAUAUUGAGGGAUGCUGCUGGGUUAUGAAGUACUACAUGCAAGGAUGUCCGUCUUGGCAGUGGUACUACCCUUACCACUAUUCACCCUUUGCCUCGGAUUUUGUGGAUAUCGGCGAUAUCGAGAUCAACUUUGAGCUCGGUCAGCCAUUCCAUCCUAUCGAGCAACUCAUGGGAGUCUUGCCCGCUGGAAGUAAGCAGCACAUUCCGCCUGUCUUCCAGCCGUUGAUGUAUGAGGAGGGUUCUCCUAUUAUCGACUUCUACCCUGAGAACUUUGAGCUAGAUUUGAAUGGAAAGAAGUUCGCCUGGCAAGGUGUUGUGCUUCUGCCAUUUCUGGACCCCAAACGAUUGCUUGAUGCCAUGGCACCACUUUAUCCCAGGCUGACCGAGGACGAGGUUGAGCGCAACAAAUUUGGCAAGGAGGUGCUUUUUGUUAGCGAGAAGAGCAAACUCUACGACGUCUUAUGCGACAAACUGUACAGUUCCCGAAGCGAAGGCGAGGUUUACUAUAUGGACUACAAGAAGAGUGGACGUCUACUGGGAAACGUGUCUCGGGAUCCUCAGUGCAUCCCUCGCAGCUCGUUUCCAUCACCUUUGGUGGACUAUGGGCUCGAGGACAUCCCCAUUGAUACGUCGAUCAGCGCCAUCUUUUCGAAUCCUCCUCUCCCUGAGGGCUUCCUACACCAGGCGACCAUGCUUAAAGGUGUCAAUCCGCCCAGGCGUGUGCUUUCUUCGGACGAUAUUCAGUGGAUCAAGAACGGUGGUGGAUCACAACGAGGCGGCGGACGCGGUGGUCGUGGUGGCCGUGGUGGCCGCGGCGGCUAUAACAACUACAAUAACCGUGGACAGAACAAUGGAUACUCAGGUGGUUUUGAUCGCAAUGGCAGAGGUGGCUCAAGCUUUAGGGGUGGUCGAGGCGGAUACACGCCAGAUAACCGCGGCGCUGCUGAUCGAACUUAUCCUGGUCAGAGCUACGACCGAUCCUAUCCUCAGAGCGGUGGAUCUGGGUAUGGAGGCUACAACGCUGGCCCCAACAACGACGGCUCACGAUUUCCCAAGCCAGAUCCUUACCAUGGCUACGACUCACGACCAGGAAACAUCAACUAUAGCGGCGGAGGAGGUCGCAGUGGCAGAGGUGGAUACGGCGAUUCUGGAUACCGAGGAAACUCUCCUAGCCAACGAGGCGGCUACUCUAACCGCGGUGGACAUGGCGGCGAUCAGCAAAGCUAUGGAAGGCAGGGUGGCUAUGACAACGCGUCCAAUAGUAGCUACGGCGGUGGUGGUUCAUACGACAACUACAGUCGUGGGGGACCUUCUCAGUCCUAUGGUAGCGGAUAUGGCGGCCACCAAGGUGGUGGAGGAUAUGGCAACCGCUCGUCUGGCGGAUAUAACGGCGGCGGUGGAUCGCGCGGAGGCUAUGGUGGAAACCGUGGGGGAUACAGCAAUGGCGGAGCACCAGGGUAUGCCCCUGCUCCACAGUACCCUCAUCAGCAGCCACCAGCCGUUCCUGGAUUUGCGCCUGUGAACAACUAUGGACUGCCUGCGGCUCCUGUAGUACCUGCCUACCCUGCCCCCGUUGGGGGAUAUGGAGGAGCUGUGCCACCGGGCAUUCUCCCUGGCCAAGCUGCACCACAUACUGGCUCGCCAGGACAGGGCUGGUAUGGACACUCUGCUCGCCCCUCGACCAAUCGUGGAGGACGUGGAGGCUACAAGAACAACUUGCCCCCCUUCCCUUAUCCCCAGCAACGGCAGUAAGCCCUUGGCGUGGAGUACAGCUGAAGAUCACCUUCUUUCAUGGCUUCAUAUUACUAUUUCAUAAUACAUUGUCUGUAUCAUAUCUAUACUCAGCUUUUUUUUUUGGCACUCUAUUUUCUUUAUUCCAUUUCCUCGAGUUUGAAGACGAG